AUGGAUCAACCUACUUCUCACUCCCAAUCUCAACCUUCGUCUUUUCCCCAACAAUCAUCUUAUCCAUACUCGCAAGAGCAAGAGUCCUACAGAGAAUCUCCAUCAGCUCCUGCUGCCAACACAGAUCCAUACUCAAAUCCUCAGUACGACGACGAAUACCAUAUCUCGAACUCGAUCCACGCACCGCAACCGCAAUCGCGACAGCCUGGUCGUUUUACCGAGGAAUGGGGUGCAGCACAGCGAGGAACUUCUUUAUUAUUUGAUCACACUCCCAACGGCGCAAACAUGCAGCGCAGCAAUUCUGUACACAGCUACGUUAGCGGCGAUGACCAGCAGCUUCCAGGUCGGCAAAACACGCUCAAGAAGAAGAACUCGGUGCGCCGAAAUGGAAGUUUGAAACGCAGUGGCAGCCGCCGCAGCAUGAGAGCUGGUAGUGUCAAGAGUCUGGCUCUGCAGUCCGCUUCGGAUCAUGAUGAGGGACAUAGUGCCUUCUACUGUCCGGUUCCUACCUCAGGUAACCCGACUGAUACACUCUCAAACCGAUUCCAGAACUGGAGAAAGGUCCUCAAAGAUCUCAUCGCAUACUUCCGCGAAAUCCAAACCCAUUAUGAGCACCGAUCCAAGUCUCUCCUCAAGCUUGCCAACGUCUCCAACAAUAUCACCACCCCACCUGGCUUCCUUCAGUCAGCUGGUAUUGAUGACGCUCUCCAAUUCCUUCGGGUCUACAACAAGAACGCCAUUCUUGAGGCCAACAAGGCUAAGGAAAUUGAGGAGGAUGUGAUUCUUGCGCUCACUGGCUUGCGAAGUGACCUUCAACAGAAGAUCAAGGAAAUCAAAAACCUUUCAGGCGACUUCAAGAACUCGGUGGACAAGGAGAUGGAUCACACUCGCAAGGCCGUCAAGACCCUCAGUGACAUCUUGGGGCGAAAUGAGUUGGAUGAGUCCUCUACGACUGGCAAGCAAGAUCCAUACUUGCUGCGCCUGGCUGUUGACCGUCAAGUUGAGCGUCAAUUGGAUGAAGAGAACUACCUACACCAGGCCUAUCUCAACCUGGAAAACUCCGGUCGGGAGCUUGAGGCAAUCGUCGUAGGAGAGAUUCAAAAGGCCUACAAUGCUUAUGCCGGUAUCCUCAAGCGGGAAGCGGACAACUCUUACAACCUUAUUGGCGAACUGCGAGACGGUCCUAUUGCCAUGCCCAAGGACCACGAAUGGAUGCAUUUUGUGGCCCACGAUGACAAGUUCGUGGACCCGAGCAUUCCGCUCAGAACACCGGACCAGAUUCACUACCCCGGACAAGACCAUGAGGCAGCCCAAGAGAUCCGAGCCGGACUGUUGGAGCGCAAGAGCAAGUACCUAAAGAGUUACACAGCCGGCUGGUAUGUACUUUCUGCUACGCAUCUCCACGAGUUCAAGACCGCGGAUAAAGCGCAAGCCCCCAUUAUGUCACUUUAUCUUCCAGAACAGAAAGUAGGAUCCCACUCGAACGAAGGAGGUUCCUCGAACAAGUUCAUCCUCAAGGGUCGCCAAACAGGCGGUAUGCACCGUGGGCACACCUGGGUAUUCCGUGCCGAGAGCCACGAUACUAUGAUGGCUUGGUAUGAGGACAUCAAGGCUCUUACGGAGAAGACAGCCGAGGAGCGAAGCCAAUUCGUGCGCAGCCAUUCGAGAAGCCUGAGCCGAUCUUCCCGACGAUCAGUUAGUAGCGAUGGACUGGUCGACGACGAAGACGAGGAGCCUUUCACGGCCGAUACCGAAUCAUUUAUCAACCCGGGACCAAGGCAACAUGACGUGACCCCCCGGCGAUCUCAAGCAGGUGGGCGGUUCCCAUCUGAUCUCCAAGUCAAUGCACAACGUGGCUUACAGGCCCCUCAUUCGCCUUCUAGUGUAAGCUCUGGCUUCCAGGACAACAAGGACCCCGUCGUACGUGCAAUCGUUACGGGUGGUCUUUCUGGUCCGGCCGCUGGAGAAUCCGAGCAGACUCGGGACGAUCACCAGGGCUAUGGUACUGUUCACCAGACACCCAUGGAUGAAAUGCCCUCGCACGCUGCUAUCGCGAGUCAAAAGGCCCAUUACGACGGCGUUAACCCUUAUACUAGCGAACCAGUUAAUCAGUCUCCUGUUGGGCCGACUUCAUUCAACCAGCAACAGCAACAGCAGUAUCAGUCACAGUAUGAACCACAACAACAGCAGCAACCUGUUCAACUGUCGGACUACGUUGACCAGAACCGUAACCAAAACUUUGUUCCGGUUAUGGUCCCUCAGGGUAAGGAUGAGCGCGACGAAAACUUCGCCAACAACGAACAGCGCCAAUACGAUACGCAGCCCAACAAUUAUAACAUGCAACCACGAGACGAGCCCUAUGGCGGAUACACCAUGGGCGGAAAUGACCAUCAGGCACCAAGCUACCAACAGCCCUCGUAUGAGCCACAGCCUUCCUAUGAUCAAGAGGCAAACCACGGGCAUACUAAUGGCAAUGCCGACGGUGGUGCCAAGGCCAAUAACUACACAUUGACGACGGUGGGAGAGGGCUUCCCCAGACUUGAUGGUGGCGCAACUCACGAGACUCAGCCAUCGGCUCUCAAGGCUGAAUCCGUAUACACAGAGCGCGACUCGGUUUUGCUUCAGACAGACGAUGAAGAUGAGACACCUAUGCCCAUUCGACCGUCGGUUAACAACCGAUCCGAGAGUCAUAACACCAUCUCAAACUUGCACAUCCCCGGCGGUUACCCCAAGAGCAGUUAUGCGGCAUAA